AAUACACCGCACAGUUUCCUCAGUCUUGAAACCGAGAUUUGACUUCUAGUAAUUUCGAAGGUCGACCCAAUGGCGGACAAGAGACCGAAAGUCGGCGUCGCAGCCAUUAUCCAUAACACAGCCGGCAGAAUCAUCAUGGGCGAGCGAGCCGGAAGUCAUGGCGCCGGAACGAAGCAGUUUCCCGGGGGUCAUCUUGAGUACGGCGAGUCAUUUGCCGAGUGCGCUAAACGAGAGGUCCUUGAAGAAACCGGGCUUGAAGUUGGAGACAUUAAGUUCCUAGUAGCGACGAAUGAUGUUUUCGAGGAAGGAAAACAUUAUGUUACGGUAUUUAUGACGUGUGUCAUUGUUGGAGCGAAAAAGGAACCUGAGGCUUUGGAGCCUGAAAAGUGUGCUAGGUGGGACUGGGUGCCUUGGUCUACGAUGUGGGGUAUGGCGGGGCAGCAGGCACUGGCGGAGAAGAAUGGCCAAGAAACUACGACGAAGAUGUUCUUGCCAAUUGUGAAUCUGUAUCGAGACUAUCCCGAGCUUGAGCAAUGCCUGGAGAGAGGGUGAGCUGACUCUCAAGCGAAAGUAAUUGGCUGGAUAAUGGAUCGAAUGUUGAGAGAC